AUGAACAGCUUAGAGAAGACAUGCAUGGACUUGAAGUGCCAAUAUGACUAGUGCUCCUCAAGGGGAGACGGCUCCAGGGACCCAGGCACUGGCCUCUUCAAGAGACACCAGCAGUGUUUUCAGAAAGCAAUAAAGGCAAAAGAGAUUCCUAUUGAAGGACUGGAGUUCGUGGGCCAUUGCAAAGAAAAAUGA